AUGCAAGUGGUCAACAAUGUCACUGAGUUUACAUUCCUAGGACUUUCCCAAGAUCCCAGAAUGCAACUGAUUUUCUUUGCCCUAUUUCUCCUCUUCUACAUCGUGAUCAUAGUGGGAAAUCUGUUCAUUUUGCUUACAGUCUUUUCUGAUCCUCGACUCCACACACCCAUGUAUUUCUUCCUCAGUAACCUGUCCUUUGUAGACAUUGCCUAUUCCUCAGCCACUGCACCCAAGAUGAUUGAAGACUUUGUUUCUGAGAAAAAGACUAUUUCCUACUGGGGCUGUGUAACUCAGAUGUUUACCUUCCACUUUUUUGGUUGCGCUGAGAUUUUUGUUUUGACUGUCAUGGCUUUUGACCGUUAUGCCGCCAUCUGCCAACCUCUUCGUUAUACCACCAUCAUGAGUGCCAAUGCUUGUAUUGUGCUGGCAUCACUGUCCUGGUUAGGAGCCCUGGGUCAUUCCUUUUUUCAGACCCUCCUGACCUUUCAGCUGCCUUUCUGCAAUGCUCGGGUCAUUGACCACUACUUUUGUGAUGUGCACCCAGUCCUAAAACUUGCUUGUGCUGAUACAACCCUGGUAAAUAUGUUGGUGAUUGCCAAUAGUGGUCUAAUCUCUCUGGGCUGUUUCCUCAUUCUUCUGGCCUCCUACACAGUAAUUCUAUUUAGUCUUCGGAAGCGGUCUGCAAAGAGCCGGCAUAAGGCUCUCUCAACCUGUGGAUCUCAUCUGACUGUAGUAACUUUCUUCUUUGUCCCUUGUAUUUUUAUUUAUCUUCGUCCAUCCACUACUUUCCCACUGGAUAAGGCUGUGUCUGUGUUCUAUACUACCAUCACUCGAAUGCUAAACCCACUCAUCUAUACUUUGAGGAACGAGGGUGUGAAGAAUGCCAUGAAACGACUAUGGAGUCGCAAGUUCUCCUUGAAGGAAAAGUUUAAGGGAUAG